CCUGUCGGUAAAUGGCUUUGACGUUUAUGUGGCUUGACAUUUACAGAAACCGCAUGAUUCGUAAACAAAACUGCAAAUAGUAAAGUGUGCACGCGAAUGGCUUUGCUGUGUACUCGUAUUUUGUUGCGGAAUUCCUCCCGUAAUUAUCACUUUUAUCGCAUAAAAGAUCUAGCUGCGCAAAACUGCAAACCAGGAAAUAAAGUGAAUGUAAAAGGAUGGGUGAAAUCCGUUCGGAACAUGAAGGGUAACUUGUUUGUGGACAUAAACGAUGGUUCGGCAGCCCAAAACUUUCAGCUAGUCAUUAACAAGGACAAACACAUCGACACUGCUUACGGUUCUUCUAUCGAAGCGUGUGGAGUAAUCGCUGCCUCGCCAAAAAAUCAACUUGAACUGCACGUAGACACGUUAACCGAGCUUGGAAAAUGUCCCCUUACCGAGGGCUAUCCGUUCUAUCCUAAAAAAACGUACCCGCCAGAGUACAUCCGGAAUCACCUGCAUUUGCGAUCGCGCGUAAACUCCAUGGCAUCGACGUUUCGAGUGCGGCAUGAGGCCACACGAGCGUUCAACGAGUAUCUACAGCAGCAGGGCUUUGUCCAGAUUCAUACCCCCGUGCUAACGUCCAAUGAUUGUGAAGGUGCGGGCGAAGCUUUCCUGGUGAAGCCACUGAACGAUCAGCUGUUGAAGGGUAUGGCAAAGGAAAACAUUCCACUUGACCAUGCGUAUUUCGAUAGACCCACCUUCCUAACGGUUUCCGGCCAAUUGCACCUGGAAGCGAUGUCACAUGGUUUGGAUAAGGUGUACACUUUUGGGCCAACGUUCCGGGCCGAAAACUGCAAAUCGAAUAUUCACCUGUCCGAGUUUUAUAUGCUAGAGCUGGAGGAAGCUUUUAUGAAUACACUCGAAGAGCUAAUGGACCGGGUAGAAGAUAUGUUAAAAAAGGUUAGCGCCAGUGUUAUUGACAAAAGUGCAGCAGACUUGAGUUCGGUUAGAAAGUUAACUACCGAUGGUAAGCUCGAGAUGUGCUUUCGCUGGAUGGACAAACCAUUCCCUCGGUUGACGUACGAAGAAGCGAUGCACAUAUUGGAAGCGAAUGGAGGUAAAUUAAAAUCACCUGUUCGUCGUGAGGAAGGGAUCAAUAAGGAACAGGAACUGUUCUUGGUUGAACACUGCCAAAGUCCGGUAUUUGUGUGCUACUGGCCAAAGGCGAUAAAGUCGUUCUAUAUGCGAGAAAAUGCCGCAAAUCCUCUGCUUGUCGACGCAUUAGAUCUUCUCGUUCCACAUGUUGGAGAACUUGUGGGUGGAAGUGUUCGUGAGGAUAGCUAUGAUCGGCUGCAACGAAAGCUACCCAACCUGGACGUCCUACAGUGGUACUUAGAUCUGCGGAAAUUCGGAAGCGUAACCACUGCAGGCUUCGGUUUGGGAUUUGAGCGGUAUUUGUCGUGGAUUUUGAACGUCCACAACAUUAAGGAUGUGAUACCGUACCCACGGUGGGCGCACAAUUGUGUAAUGUAGGAAGUCCAAGUCCAAUGUUGCGUGUGAGUUUACAAUUUAUUUAAUACCAAAUAAAUACAGUAGAGUAUUCCGAUUUGUUACAUAUUA